AUGCCGCCGCGUUGCUGGGAAACUCGGGGAUACCGCGGCAUCCGCGCGCGCCCCUCUGGAGGCUUCUCCGCCGAGAUCCGGUUCUGCGGGAUGCGCCUCGACCUCGGCAAUUUUGACACCGCCAACAAGGCCGCCCGCGCGUACGACGCUGCGGCAUCGCGCCUCGGGUGGCCUCAUAGAACAUUGAACUUCCCCAACGUGCCGAUGCGGGAGCGGGCGCAAGAGCUCGUGCAUCUGCCGUUGCUUAUCACCGACAAGGAUCGUCGCGAUAACCGGAGGCGAGAGCACCGUCUCGGCAUCGCCAAGAUGGAUGAGGAAGCCAUAGUGUUGUGGCGCCAACGCUUCUCGCAGGACAUCCUCAACGAGCGUGAGUUCUACGCACAAAGGAGGGCGGAGAGGGAGAAGAGGAGGACCAAGUGA